AUGAUAAUGUCACGUGAAGUUAUUGUAGCAUUUCUUUUGCUUGUUUCAGUUAUGACUACUACUAAUAAAGUAGUGAAGCUAGCAAAUGGUCAGACGAUUUGCAAUAUGUCCGGGCAAGAGCUGAUGUCAUGCCGACCGGCGGUGACGCCACCGAAUCCUUCAAACCCUUCAUCUGUUUGCUGCACUGCACUUAAACACGCUGACAUGAGUUGCCUUUGUUCCUUUAAGAACUCCACUUUCUUGCCUACUAUCGGAAUCGAUUGGAAUCUUGCCGUCCAGCUGCCGGAAAAGUGUAAACUUCCCCCACGGGAUAGAAGAUUUAUGAACAUUGGAAACAAAAUUAAGCAGUUGUCACUUGUUAUUGUUAAACAAAGGGAAAUUAAUAGCUACAGCAAUUCGGUAAAGACUCUCAGGCUCUCAGCUCUAGAAUGGGAGAGUGGUGGAAAAGCUACAAGAGAAAACGUUAGGAUAUACUACGAAACGUUAGGAUAUUCGAUUCAACCUGUGGUUGCCACCUGGAGUUUGAUGACGAGAAGCAAAAGGAAAUCAAAUGAGGCACCUAAAGUCUCUGCUAAUGAACCUGGUACAUCUGAUGGAGCACAGCAAACGGAAGUAGAGUCUGCUAGAGGUAUGGAUACAGCUUUACCUGAAAAAGUAUGGCUUAAGCAACAAUUCGCCAUAGGAGUCAACGAAGUUACGCGUUUGCUUGAACGAAUGCCACCGGUUUCUUCAGGGACGGGCUCGUCGCAUGAGGUUGGAAAGUACAGUAACGAGAUUCCUUCAGGACAGCUUCAGGCCAUUUUGUUAGCAUCAGAUUGCAACCCGAGGUGGCUGUCAAAGCAUUUGCGAAGCUUGGCCAAUUCCAGGAAUGUGCCUAUCCUCUAUGUGAAAGAUAAUAAAAGAGGAUCUUUGAGAUUAGGUGAAGUGGUCAAGCUAAAAACUGCAAUCGCUAUUGGGAUCAAGGGUAGGGGAAAUGCCAUCAAUCAACUUGUUCAAAAGGUCCUGGGGAAUGAAAUUCCGGUUGCUGUAGACUGCAAAAUCGUUUGA